AUGAAGGUGAAAUCACAGCUCACUCUCACACUGAAGACUGAAGCACUCACCAGAGUAUCUGAGGUGGCUUCUUCACUAAAAGGCGACUGCACACUGGAUUGCUGCCCAACUACCACAGCUGCCCCAACCACAGCUGCCCCAACAACUACAACAGCUGCCCCAACAACUACAACAGCUGCUCCAACAACAACUACAGCUGCCCCAACAACACACACAGCUGCCCCAACAACUACAACAGCUGCCCCAACAACUACAGCUGCCCCAACUACAACUACAGCUGCCCCAACAACUACAACAGCUGCCCCAACAACUACCACAGCUGCCCCAACAACUACAACAGCUGCCCCAACCACAACUACAGCUGCCCCAACAACUACAACAGCUGCCCCAACAACUACCACAGCUGCCCCAACAACUACAACAGCUGCCCCAACAACUACCACAGCUGCUGUCCCAACAACUACAACAACAACUACAACAGCUGCCCCAACCACUACUACAGCUGCCCCAACAACUACAACAGCUGCUCCAACAACUACCACAGCUGCCCCAACAACUACCACAGCUGCCCCAACAACUACAACAGCUGCUCCAACCACAACUACAGCUGCCCCAACCACAGCAGCUGCCCCAACAACUACCACAGCUGCCCCAACAACUACCACAGCUGCCCCAACUACAACUACAACAGCUGCCCAACAACUACACAGCUGCUCCAACAACUAA